AUGCUUGGGCGGUGCCGUCCUCUCCGGCUGCUGCACCGAGGCGGAGGGCCAUUUCGGCUCACCGACCUGGUGCGGUGCACUUUUCAGCCAAACCUCACCUCCCUCACGAACCAGGUGAACCGCAAUGAGCACUUCCUCAAGUUCGGCAACAAGAACAUCCCGAUGGGCGUUCCGCGGGUGUCACGGCGAGACGUGAGGCCCAUCUCCAUUCUGCACGAAACGCCACACCUGCUCGUCGCUGGCCGCAACUACGCUAACGGCUUUGCAGGAAACCAAUUUCUGCUAGUGCAGAAGGAGAGGAAGGAGUGCAUCUUCGUGGACGCGGCAGAUGACUGGCCGGAUGACUGGGUCUCCUUCAUCGCCACGUCCGGCUUACGCCCGACGCACUUCUUUCUCACGCACUGCCACGUUGACUGCAUCGUCAACCUCAACGCAUUCCUGACUGUCAUGGAGCACCACUUCCACGUGCGCCUGGGGCUCAUGUGGUGCCCGGCAGAGCAGUCGUGGGUGGACGCCUUUCCGCGUGCGUGUGAGCGCUACGGUCGCAUCGAGGAGAUGCGGCAGCCUCUGCCAAUGCUACAAAACAGCUUGUAUAGCCAUUAUACCUACACGCAUCAGCUUGUCCAGCGUCAGCGCGUCCUGAACGAGGCAGCUACUGCAGCGGGGGGCGGAGAGGACGACGCUGACAAGGGGUCUGGCGGAUGCGGCUCUGCAUCACCGCGUGCACCACCACGGCAGCUGGUUCGUUCAAGCGACAUCCUUCUCUCCAGCGCCACGAACCGCUCCACCUCCUUUUACGACUUUGGCCCUCACUCGGUACUGCACUACGUCUUUACACCCGGCCACUCACCCGGGCACAUGAUGCUGGCCCUCCCACGUGAGCGGCUGCUUUUCACUGGCGACGUCCUCUUCUACAAUAGCGUUGGUCGCGUUGACCUGCCGUGGGGGUCAGGGGAGCGGCUGGCUGAGAGCCUUCUGACGCUGGAGGGGUAUCCAGACAACACCGUGCUGCUGCCUGGUCACGGCCGUCUCACCACUCUGGGGCGAGAGAGACGCGAGAACCGCGCCCUACGUGCUCUGUACGAGCGCCGCGCCGCUGGAGAUCAGCAGGUGUCCGUUGGCUACAACACCGGCUAUCUGUGA